AUGGCCACGAUACAUCCUGUAAGGUCGGCUUUGAAAAAGCCAACAAACCCAGACGACGAGCAAGACCAACAACAGGAGAAGAAGAAACUACAAUGGGCGGACACUGUGAAUGACAAUGGCGACAAGAAUUCCGCCAAGUCGUUCAUGAAGAAGAGCAAUGUCAAUACAAGUACUUCAAAGAAGAAGAAGCGAACACUCUGUGCCGUGUGUGGAAUUCAACCGGCCGCUCUAACAGUACGCAUGGUUGUCCAAACCAAAGAACAACAAGACCGACGCAAAAAGAAACCCUUAUGUCUACUGCAUUACUACACCACCAUGGCCGUUCACGAAGGAGGGGAAUUCGUCAACGUCCACGAUGCCGACACGGUCCAACAGCAAGUCAACAAUAAUGGAGUGCAAGACUUGUUUGCCGAAGCAUUUGUUCAACUCCAACAAGAAUUGGCACAGGAAUCAUUGAACAUUGCUCCAACAACAACUGCUAGUAAAAAUCCACGCAAGGCACCCCCCGCUCAAGAUCCUCUCGCCAUUCUCCACGAUCUCCAUCGCAACACCAAGAAAAAACGAAAGCAACCACCACCGCAAGGAGGAUUCUUACGGCAUGUACCGGUACCAGAACGUCUUCGCAAAACACAACAAGAACAAGCCAAACUCCAAGCCACACAAUUGGCACGCAUGAAACGAGCCGCACUUGAUACGUCCAAACGACGAGAACCCACGCGAAAGUCCAUUUGGAAUGCCGUCAUGGACGAUCCCAGUCCGUCAGUCAAAACCAAACCCAUUCGUAUGGAGGACGACACGGUCGAUGCCACGUGUUCGUGUGGAAGUACCAACGUGUCCAGUCUCGGUAACGUUACCAGUCGCAAUCAAGAUGUACGCAAGGGAGAAGUUUGGGGGAGUGGUGAUCGGUCCAAUGAUGAUGUCAUUCUCAAAUAUCAAUGCAAUCAAUGUGGAAAAAUGUGGCAAGAGUCGGGGUAG